AUGGUAACGGUCCUGACUGAAGAAACAGCAAAGGCCAGCAAGUUGAGUCAGGAGCAGAUCACAGAGUAUAAAGGCGUGUUUGAGAUGUUUGAUGAAGAGGGAAACGGGGCGGUAAAGACCCAGGAGCUGGAGAGACUGAUGAGUCUAAUGGGAAUCAACCCCACCAAGAGAGAACUCAGUCACAUGACCAAGGAUGUGGAUGAAGACGGCAAAGGCACUUUCAACUGCGACAGCUUCCUGGGUCUAAUGUCUCUGUACCAUGAGCGAGCCAAGAACCAAGACGCUGAGCUGCGGGCUGCUUUUAAAGUCUUUGACAAAGAGGCCAAAGGCUACAUAGAGUGGAAUACACUCAAAUAUGUGCUGGUGAACGCUGGAGAGCCCCUGAAUGAGGAAGAGGCAGAGCAGAUGAUGAAGGAGGCAGAUAAAGAUGGUGACGGUACCAUUGACUAUGAGGAAUUUGUGGCUAUGAUGACCGGAGACGUGUUUAAGAUGAGCUAAGACCGUUUCCCCAACGACGUGAAGCACCGAUGCUG